GUGGUUUUGAACGUGCAACAGGGCAAUAAGGUAAAAGUCUUGGAUGUGAAAAGCCAUCUGGGGGAUCAAAUGGGCGCUUGACCGCAAGCCAAAAGCCGCAGCACUUUUCGGCGAAAGGCCGUAAAAUCGCUCAACCAAAGAGCACCUUAAAUUGUCGAAUGGCCCGUAGAAUUUGGUCUACAAAGAUCUCGAACCACUCACCAGCCCACAGUUCGAUUCUUGACGGCGUGCGGAGUGCGUGUGUGAAGUGGCAAAGACCCAGCCCAAGGAUCCACAAGCCGAAUACAAAAUGUGGCAGCGACAGGUGUUGGUGCUCGGCAUUUACGGGCUCAUUGCAAUGAAGGUGGCAAGGAGCACCGCCAGUCGGUUUAAUGGCGCCACUUCCGCCGGCAGCCAAAGCCCACAACUAAAGCUGGAGAUGAAUGCAUGGCAGCCUUUCACGCAGCACAACAAUUGGCUCAUCCUCCAGGCAACGGCGCCCAGCUCAAUGCAGCCGGGGCGGGCGGAGGUCCGGGAGGAGAUCCGGGAAAGGCGAAAGGAGCCGGAACGACUUCCUGCCAAUUUCUACGCCUACAACCAUCGCUAUAACGAGAGCUCCCCGUCGCCGGGCGGAAAUUACAAACCGAAUCCACCAGCCAGCGACCCAGCCAGCUACGUUUUGGCCAUCAGCCAGCAGAUGCGGCGGGGCCAACUCCUGCGUCAGCUGCCAAAAGCGGAGGAAGCCGGGCCGGAAGCUCACGAGGUGGCUGCUACUUCAACCCACCCGGUUAAUGGUGAUGGUGACGAUUAUGAUGAUGCUGAGAACGAAAUCCUUCCUUUGGCGGCAGGAGAAGCAGCAGAACAGGCGUCGCUCCGGGGAAUUGAAUCCUACUUGGAGCCCUUUGAACGAGCUCUGCUUAAAGUGCGCAACUUCUGCGACGCCCUGAGGAGCGUGAUUAGCGACGAGGCAGAUGAGGCUGGUUCAAAUAAAUUGGAGGCCACCGCAAGCGGAGCGGCAGCCAGCACAGCACCACCAGGUGCAACAUCAAAGGACCUCCUGGUCCAAGGUCGCGCCCAACGUCUGGCCUCGGAAUCGGAAUCGCAAUCGGAGGGCCGCAAGCUCAAGAAGCUGAAGAAGAGGAUCCAGAAGCUGCUGUUCCCCCUGCUGAUUGCCUACAAGCUGAAGUUCCUCACCCUCAUCCCGGUUCUAAUCGGCGGGCUUACGCUGCUCGUGGGCACCACGGGUCUGGCCGGCUUCUUCUUCGCCCUCUUCACGGCCGUAAUGAGCCUGAAGUCCUCCGCAGGUGGCCAUGCCAGCAAGUCGCUCGUCUUGAAGAAACUCUGAUGGGUUCCGAUUUCGAAUGCAUUUAGAUUACCGGUUCGACCAAAGUUGGCCAACUGCUCAGCCGGCCAGCAUUGAUUUGUCUGCUGGGAGGCUAUAAACGACGCCGAUUUUCAGCGAUAGCGACGACGCACCCUCAAGUGAAAUGAAGUAUGUACAUAACAGCAUAGUCCCCAAAUACGCUAAACGAAUUUAAAAUUGGGCAUUAGUCCAGACGAAUAUCAAAUACCCUGAUGGCUUAAAUAAUACAUUCGUUUGCAAUGACCUUAUAGUUCUUGAAAAAAAUCUGGAAUCAAAAAGUUAUACUAUUUAUUUAUUUUAUAAUUUAUUUCAAAAUUUUUCUUUAUUUUUAAUUUUAUUUUACCACAUGCUUGCUUUGAAAAAUUUAUUUUUACACUGAAAUUGUAUCUAUUGUUAUUUAUAACAUUAUACAUUUUAAAUGUCUUAUAUAAUUUUCACUAGUUCAUAUACUUCUUGAUUAGUUAGUUUCUAUUCUGGUACAAAUCAUUGUUUGUGGUUAGGACUAAAUGGUUCCAGGUAUUUACUUUAAAUGUUACUAAAUACUUUACUGUGUACUUUAGUUGUAAGGGACAUGCUGCAAAUACACAUUAAGGAUUUUAACGGAUGUAUUUAAAGAAUUUAAAAUUUUACUUAAAUUAAGAGACUCUACUGCAUUUAAAUGUUGCUUCCCUAAUAUCGAAUCUCCUACCUAAAAUA